GUGUCUCUCUUCCCAGUGUCUCUCUUCCCAGUGUCUCUCUCCCCAGUGUCUCUCUCCCCAGUGUCUCUCUCCCCAGUGUCUCUCUCUCUCAGCUCUUCCCAAUCUCGGAUCGAUAUUUCCCGGAACGCCACGUGACUUGGCUUAGUGGGCUUUGGCUGGGCCGGCUUGCGGAGUACGGAUUAGCGACGUAAUAAGGCACUGCUACUCGAGUACAAGGGUGGAGUGGCCAAGCGAGGAAGAUGAACCAGGCUGCGGAGUCUGGGCCAUGGGAGCGGAAGGAGCGGCUGGGUGCCGGGGGCUUUGGCCACGUGUGCAUGUGGCAGAACAAGGAAAAUGGAGAGCAGCGAGCUGUCAAGACCUGUCGGAUGGAACUGAGUCCCAGGAAUCGGGAGCGAUGGGUUCUGGAGAUUCAGAUAAUGAAGAGGCUGAACCACCCAAACGUGGUGUCGGCACGCGAGGUUCCCGAGGAGAUGGAGAAGGCGCUGGGUCCCAGGGACCUGCCCCUGCUCGCCAUGGAGUACUGCUCCGGCGGAGACCUGCGCAAGGUGUUGCUGAAGCCAGAGAACUGCUGCGGGAUGAGGGAAUGUGACGUCAUGGCCGUCAUCUACGACAUCUCCCAAGCAGUGCAGUACCUGCACACCAACCGCAUCAUCCACCGCGACCUAAAGCCCGAGAAUAUCGUGCUGCAGCAGCAGCAGGACCGGGUCAUCUACAAGAUUAUCGACCUGGGCUAUGCCAAGGAGCUGGACCAGGGCAGCUUGUGCACCUCCUUCGUGGGGACUCUGCAGUACUUGGCCCCCGAGCUGUUCGAAGGGCAGAAGUACACGGUGUCGGUGGACUACUGGAGCUUUGGCACCGUCGUGUUUGAGUGCAUCACCGGAUUCCGCCCCUUCCUGCCCAACAUGCAGCCUGUGCAGUGGCAUAGCAUCGUGAUACGGAAAGGCCCCCAUGACAUCGUGGCUGUGGAGGAGAUGAACCGAGAGAUCAAGUUCUCCAGCCACAUCCCAGCGCCCCACAACCUUAACCCGGUGUUGGCGGUGCAGCUGGAGCACUGGCUGCAGCUCAUGCUCUUCUGGAACGCUCGGCAGAGGGGCGGCCCUGUGGAUGAAGGCACGGGACGGCCCACGUGCUUCCUCAUCCUCGACACCAUCCUCACGAGCAAGACGGUGCACAUCCUCAACAUGGUGACGGGGGAGGUGCUGGCGUACACGGUGCGGCCCGACGACUCCCUGCAGCACCUGCAGGAGCAAGUGAUGGCAUCCACCACCAUCCCCGUGGCCGACCAGGAGCUGCUGUUUGAGACGGGCAUCAUGCUGGACCCUCGCAAGCCCGUGGACCAGUGCCUGCCCGAGGGUUGCUGGAACAUGUCGCUGGUCUACCUGUUCGACAAGAGCAGGGAGGAAUACGGAGUUCAGUUGAGGCCUCCCAAAAUACCUGACCUCGUUAGCUACAUCGUGUCCGAGUCGAAGACGCUGCUGUCGUACAUGCAGCAGCGCAGGGCGUUUGGCCAGGCCUACCACUACGUGCGCAGCAUGAAGGAGCACCUUGGCCGCCUGCAGCAGGGACAGAGGGCCGCCAUGCUCAGCCUCCUGCGCUACAACAGCAGCUUGACGAAGCUGCGCAGCUUCACGGCCGCCCUGGCUCAGCAGCUCAAGGCCAAGCUCGAGUUCUUCCUCAGCAGCCUGCAACUCGACCUGGAGAAAUACGAGGAGCAGAUGAACUCCGGCAUCUGUGAGGGCAUGCCGAGUGGGCUCGAAGCCUCAAAGAAGAUGCACAGCGCGUGGCUGGAAAUGAAGGAAAAGGCCAAGGCCCUGGUGCAGAACACGGAGGUGGUGGAGGUGGACGAGAAGCUGUUGGCCGUGCAGGGACAGAUCGUGGCACUGCAGCGCAGCCCCACAGCGCGGCGGCAAGGCGACGUGCUGGAGAACACGGAGCAAAAGGCAAUGGAGCUGUACAAACAACUGCGGGAGAAGCCGAGCGACCAACGGGUGUAUGGAGACAGCGUGGAGAUGGUGAAGCUUAUAAUACAUGCCGUGCAGAACCUGGAGAAACUCAUGAAGGAGCUCUGCCUCUUCCUUGGUAAGAUGGUGGUUUGUAAAAAUGAGAUCAGCUCGCUGAUGCCGCGCCUGGAGGAGUCUGUGGAGUGCAUGAAGGAGGCGGACCGUGCCCUCACACGCAUGCAGGACAAGCGGCAGAAGGACAUCUGGUCGCUGCUCAAGUUCGCCAUGGCUAAGAGCAAGCAGUCUCCUAUGAGCGCCAGCCCGGACUCAGGCUCCCUGGGACAGGUGCCCCUGUGGCCACCCUCGCCGCCCGGCGCCAGCACAGCCUCCGCUUCCUCCAGCUCCGCUAACGUCAACGGCGUCGCCAGCGCUGCCGCCGCCGUGGCUCCCUCCGGCCCCGCCCCCGGCCCCACCACCCCCAACUCCCUGCACUCCAUGGCUGCCGAGCGAUGUGAGGCGUCUCUGAUGUUGAUCGCCGAGGGCCACAGCCAGAUGAGCCGCUGCGUCGAUGUCAUCCAGGAGACUCUGCGUGAGCAGAAGCUGGACCUCAAGAGCUUGGACUGGAGCUGGCUCUCAAGCUAGCGACUGGAGUCGCCACACACACACACACGUGUCACAUGGAGCAGGAGAAGACGAACAGAACCGGCGGAUGGGUCUUUGCUAUGGCUUGGGCAGGACACGUGCACCACCAGCAGUUUGGCGUUGGACUUGGGCGCUCUGUAGCUUUAUCGCCUCGCGUUAUCUGCAUGUGAGAACUUGCGUGAACCUAUUGAAAUGCAACAAAUGGAAAAAAAACACUAUUUUUUAACUGCUGUAUAUUGCAUUUUCGGACUUUCUCUCUAAAAACCUCUUUUUAUAUUUUUGUUCACAAGAAUACGUAGAAACGAGGUGGCUGCGGAUCAGCUGGUUCAUGGAUGUCGAAAUGUCUUCGAAUGAAUAAAACAAAUCCCAAUGGAAUCUUCUGUUCCACAGUACGUACUGCCAGUAUUGCUGGUGACACGCUAGGUAACGUUCCCGCGACUGGUUCGUAGCUCAAAUCGUCAUUGAUUUAUUUGCCAAUAAUGCUCUAUCGGUAAAAUUCAUAUUGGCUCGAAUUUGAUACAGAGGUUUAGGUUCAUUAUGACGGUGUCGAGGAUUACUGGACCGUUUUACAACGUAAUUUGAUUGUGUAUUAUUGGUUCAAAUUUGUCGAUGGUCUGCCAUUCCGGUGUUGCAAUUUGAGGGUGUUUAUACGUCAGGGAUGGCAUUGAAACGUGCGUCCUUCUAGUCAUGUUGAAAACGUCACAUUUAAGAGUUGGGAGAACCGAGCUCAAUGUUUGAGUUGUAGGUUUUGAUAAAUGGUGCCUUGUAGGCUGGUGUUAGGUUUUGGCAGCGCACGCUGGUGUAGCCACGCAGGUUUUAUCACGCGCUUGAAGCCUCUCCUGUGGCUGCAAGGGGCUGCAAGGUGCGCAGGAGGUGGCAAAAGGACAACAUGGGUCUGGGACCCACCUGUGCAGGGUUCUUAAAGUGUUUUGUGUGUGUUUUUUUUGUCCUCCCAGUGACUGGCCACAGCAACCCCAAUGCAGGACCAAAUCUCCCCACCGCCCCUAAAAGCCUUGAGGCUCAGUAAUAUUUUCUGUAAUAAAUACAUAAAUGCUAGUCCUAUUUCGAUUUAAAGCUUUCGUGACUGCAGGGAUUCAUAUUCUUGGUUCUUUCGGUAAAGUCACGUAGAAGGGAAAUAAUGAACUAAUAAUAAAACAAAAACGGCAUCGUUUUAUUUUGAUUAUUUUAUUAUUUCCCUUCUACGUGACUUUACCGAAAGAACCAAAAAAUAUGCUAUUCCUAUUGUUUCCAACAGUUUGAGAGGUCUGUGGACUGGCUUUGCGAUUGACCUUCAUUGUGGGAACUGUUGAGGUGGAGACUUGUGCCUGAAUGAAAUGUACCUAGAACAUCAAAGUGUGCCGUGUUCAGGCUAUUUCAUCGAAUGCCGCUAUGAUCCGAUGCGUAAGGCAAGUUUAGAGGGUUGGAGACAUGAGCUGGUUGUUGGUGGUGGUUGUCAGUUGAGUUAUAUUUGUACAGGAACAUUUUGACAGUGCUGCAAUGUGUGUAUAAAACUCCACCGUAUUAUAGAACUCUGUGAUGCGUUAGGUGCACAAGUUCCUCUGACACGGUUUUUUUUUUUCAUGUUGCCAUUCGUGUUAUUUCUGUAAAUUAAAAUACUCGUUCUUAUGGACGUCAUUGAUUGCAUUGCAUGGGGCUUUCCUACGCUCGCUAUCGUAUGUUAAUAGAUGAAAAUGUGGAUUUAAGAAGAUUAUAAAUGCAUUGGGUUAAGUGUUGUGUCUAAACUACAAUCCUCACACGACUAAUUAAGGUAUUUACAUACAUGAUACUCCAUAACAUACUAAUGUAACUACAAAUAUAACGCUCUCAAAUAUAUAUACGAUACAUGUCAGAGAGCAGUAACUUUUUGGCGAAUCAUCGUUAGCGGCCCGGUUUUUGAAGAAUUUGCUCUGAAUGGUGUGAUUCACUUGCGAGUACAUGCCAGAAGAUGGUGCAAUUGAAAUGUGGAAUACCACUCUUUAGUCAUGCAUUUGUAAAUCUUUGGCGUUCGCUUGUUACGUGCCAUUUUAAUUGUUUUCCAAUAAACCAUUUUAGAUCGUCGGAUAGAACUCUAGUCCUCCGUUGACUACACCUAUCGUACGUAUCACUCAUUCUCAGCUGGAAUGGGCGGGGCACAAAGGCAAGAAAUACCGAGAACCCUGUGCAGACAACGGAGGACGCUCAACAUCACGGUCCCGAUUGUGGCACGAAAUACACAUGCCAUUGCUGGUGUGUCUCUUGCAGGAGGCUUCCUUUGUCAUAAGCCACAGGGACGGUGCUUCUUGCUCGUCGUGUGCUUUUAUGUCGAGUCGUUAUCCUGUUUGUACUCUGUAAUGCGUGCUUACACACAUUGUAUAUACAAUGAGCCCGAAUAGGUGGGCUGAGAUUGAAUAAAGUGAAGGCGAACAUUA